AUGUGGAAGACUCGGGUUCCGCCCAAAGUAAGGGAUUUUAUGUGGAGAGCUCUAUCUGGUUGUUUGCCCACUAAUGUUCAACUCCGUAUCAGGCAUGUCCCUGUAGAAAUGGUCUGCCCCCUUUGCCUAGAACAGAAUGAGUCGGUGACCCAUUGCCUUGCUGGGUGCCGCUUAGUUUGGCCCUGUUGGCAACAGCUGGGUUUCGAUAUAUUAGCUCCAAGUUCAGAUUCAUUUCAGGCAUGGGUUAGGGGUUUUAUCUUUCAACUGAAUGAUGAUCAGAGAUGCCGCUUUUUUAUGCUAUGUUGGGCCAUAUGGAGGCGUCGGAAUGAGUGGGUAUGGAGGAAGAAAAAAGGGUCUGUCCAAGAGAUUCUCUAUGUGGCCGAUUGCACUCUUCAGAACUGGAUACAAGCUCAAGACAAGGAGCUGACCCCUAUGCCUUCGUUCCUAUCUGGUGAAGAUGGAGUUUCGUCUUGGAAGAAGCCGCCUGUUGGAAAGCUAAAAAUUUAA